AUGAUGAGUCUUUGGUUCAAAGAGAGCUUUGAAAACUUCGACAACUUAGAGCCUGCGAUCAGAUACUUGAGCUCGGUUGAGGAUUGCCGCCUGCGACAUGGUGUCAUAUCGUUAAUGUGGCAGAAUUUCAUUUCAGAACGAUUUAAAGAAGUAAUUCUAUUAAUCGAGAAGACGGGUCGUGCCCCCAAAGAACGUGAAGCUCGAAAACAGCUUCACAUGCCAGAAAUACGAAUUGUGGAAUUUCUGUCAAAAUGUCACGAGCUUCUAAAAAUGCUUAUGGAUGACGUUAGAGAUCCACCACCUCCAUCUCAAAUUCAAUUAGAAAGUUUCAUUGAAAUAGCGCAGUCCCAUCCGCCAUCCUCUCUUCAAGGAUCAAUCACUUCACGCGAUUCUCUGGUAGAACUAGCGAAUCGACAAGCGCUUGUAAACUAUCAUCUUGUCUUGCAUCACUAUCAUCUUGCUGUAGCUGCUGCCAUUCAGCUUUCUUCUGGACUUCGAUUACAUAUACUGAGUAUCCUUUUCUGCCCCAUUGGACAACGUGCGUUUUUCCAUCCCCUCGAUUCACAUCCGCUUAUACCACUUGAAAAAGUUGAUGAUGCCGUAAUGGAGCGAAGACACCAAUUCCUUGCAAAGGUUGGACUACUAGCUACAAUAGCAGAGCAAGGUACCGAUACCGAUCGAAAGCUUGCAAGGAUUUUAUCGUGCGAAUGGAAUUUAACGGUUGAUACUAUCCAGACAACUGUAUGUUACCAAAUGUCUCUUUUAUCAUCAGAUAAAAAUUUUCUGACUACCACUGCUGGUGAUGAAAGGUUGCGAGUUGAUUGGUCGAACUCGGAUUGGAAGGAAGCUGUUCGAUCAUUUGGAAAAAUAGUUUCUGCUCUUUCACUGCAUCCUCAAUUUCUCACACCUUUCAUUCGAAUAGGAGGCAUAACAACACAAUAUUGGGGAAUUACUAUUUUGGACUGA